AUGCAUAAGAAGGUUGUGGCAGUAUUAUUCUUUGCACUUGUGAAUAUAAUUUGUGCGGAAUCAAAAAAUGUCUUUUCAUCAUUUUUGUCUUAUCUUAAUUCAAAAAUAAAUUAUAAAAAUGAAAUAUCGAAAGUAAUUCAAAUGGGUAACACUUUGGCUUGUAUAGUUGAUAAUGAAAAUUCGUAUUAUAACGAAUGUUCAUGUACUUUUAAAAAGUUAACAAAUUUCGAAAAAAAGUGCUCAUCAAAUUUUAAAAAAAAUCAAGAAGAAGCAAAAAAAUGUUCUGAGGGUCGUUGUGAAAUAUGUUGUAAUUUAGUUAAUUCAAAAAAUACUUCAAAUUCUAUACUAGACUAUGAAUUGUUUUGUAAAAAGAAAUGUAACAAGUCUAAUAUCAUUUUGGAUUUGAGUCAAGAGGAUUAUAAGUUAGCAUUUAAAAAAUUAAUUGAAUUUAUUCGUAUUUUUUUUCCAUCAAAUGUUUUAAAUGUUUAUCCUAUUCAAAAAAGAAGUUCUCCUAAUUAUACUAAUAAACAAUUACAGACAAAAUAUCAAAAAAUAAAGGAAGACCUAAAUGAAGAAUCAAAAAUGACAAAUAUGGAAAAUAUGGAUGGAAUAAAUUCAUUAACAGUUGAUGGAUCGGAGGAGCUCUUUUCACCAUACGAUGAAUAUUAA